UGAAUCCUUUGUCUAUCUCUCUUUCUCCUGUUCUCUACCAGUCUCUCUCUCUCUCUCUUCCUCCCUCCUUGUGCGACUCAUUCUCUACCAGCCUCACUCUCUCGCUUUUUCUCUUCUGUACUUCUUGUCUGACUUGUAUUCUCCACCUGUCUAUCUCUCUCACCAUACUCUACCAGCCUUUCUCUCUCUCUUUCUCUCUCUCUCUCUCUCUCUCUCUCUCUCUCUCUCUCUCUCUCUCUCUCUCUCACACACACACUAUUCUCUUCCUUCUCUUUUUCACACAGUAGCCUUAUGGCUAAGAAAUGUUGCGUGAAUUCCUCUAGUCAUGCGGGCUGGCUGAUCCGAGUCACAAGGUUGUGGUGAGAAAGAAAGAUAAAGAAGGAAGAGCAAAAAAAAAGAGGGCGGGCUGCUGUCAUCUAGGGUUUGCAGGCAAACACAGGAGGAAGUGGAGAGAGAACGAGAGAAAGACAGAGAGGGAGAGACAAACAGAGAGAAUGAAAGAAAGUAAGAACAUUGCAAGGAUGAGGAAAUAGCAGACUGUUGAGAGCCUGACAGAUGAGUGCACACAGUGGGAGGAGCUAAAUACUAAAAAACUGAAAGUAACAAGGCAGACCUUCUCAUGUGAGCAAGUGAGGGUGUGAGAGAGAGAGAGAGAGAGAAAAGAGACAGAAGAAAGGGAAAAGGAGAGAUGCAGUAAAAUGUGGCCUUACCCACACUCCAGGUAACAACGUCUUUACUUUUCUCAUUCACAGUUUGGCAGCCAAGUGAGUGUUUGGACAUGUGGUGGGCCGGCAGCUUCAACUGAAAAGCACACUUGUUGAUGUGAUGGAGGACAGGGCCACUCAGUGUAAUGGAGAAACGAGUGACAAUAUAUCCAGAAUUUCAUCAGAAGAUGGAAGGAGCAGGCGAUCCGCAUGGACAAAUGGUCAGUGUAUUCUGGCUGUGCGAUCUUCUUCUAUGUUGGCCCCAAGCUUUGACCUGUCAUUUUGCAGGUCUCUGCUGGAAAGAAAAGGCUUUCAAAUCCCUGUGGAGGACUUUGAAACUCCGGUUGGAAUAGCGCUGGAUCCUCCGUCUGUAAGAAGAUACCUGUUCUUCAACUCUUCAUUGUUUCACUUCAUCCUGGCUCCAGUUUUGUAUAUCGUGCUGUGGUGUGCUGUGUACUCCAGCCUGCACCAGUACCUUCGUGAGAGCAGCACAGAUUUCUGGAUACUCUGCCUCUGUGUGAGCCUCACCUCCAUCUGCAUCACCAUAGCCAUCAUCCUCCUCCUCCACUACAACAACAAAGAGAUUAAUGUGAACACAGACGUGCGCCUAGUGCAGGUGAAUGAGCGACUGGUUAAACAUGGGCUCCUUCUGGGAGUGGCUGAUUGGGUUCAGCAGUGCAGUGGGAAAAUGCAGCUGUUUUGUGUGUUCUGGGACUUGUCCCCUUGCCUGCAGGCCCUAACUGAAACUCUAGAGGAGUUUGGCUUUGUUAAAGAUGAAAUAGAGAACAAACUGAAGAAGAGAAUGUCUCACAUCUAUAUCGUCACUGAUGUCUCUGAUGCCACGGAAGCUGUGGAAGGUGAGCCACCUGAGGAGACGGAUGAGGAGCAGCCCCUACUGGUGGAGACAAGACCGAGAAGCAAUUCACAGAAGCAGAGAGACGAGUCAAAACUGACCAGAAACUACAGCUUUAUACCUGACUGUACCCGUUCGUAUCAGGCUAUUGCGUACCAGCUCUUGCUGACCUACAGUGCUGUCUAUGUGAGACUUUUGGUGUCGGAGAGACUUCCUGCUUCAUCACAUCGCCCUCUAGGCACGGACAGAAAUCACUGCACAACUGCGUCACUCUGCCUCUGUCAGUACAUCCAGAACAAGGUCCUGCGUUAGAUGGGGCGAUCGAAAGAGCUUCCAGGCGGACACAUUUCGGUACAGAUGUACGAAAGAUGCACUGAUUUAAACAAGCAUCACCUGAGACUGCUGUAUAUGUAAAUUAUUUUUUAAGCUGCUCUGUGAAAUAUAUAUAUAUACAUAUAUAAAGUUUUCCUCAUUUGC